AUGGUGGGCGUGCUGAAGAAGGACUGGGCAUCUCAGAACAGCAUUGCCCUGUCGUGGCUGGAGCCAGAACAGACCUCCCUCCUGGUGGUCGACUAUGAGGUCAAGUACUACGAGAAGGAACAUGAGGAGUUGAGCUACUCGUCGACGCGGACCAAAGCCCCCAGUGUGGUCAUCACAGGGUUAAAGCCCUCCACCUGCUACAUCUUCAGCCUGAGAACACGCACCUCCUCUGGACACAGCGCCUACAGCCCCAAAUACGAGUAUGAGACCACGGACGACACGUCGGACAUGGCUUCAGACCAGGGACAAGUGUUGGUGAUCGUCACGGCAGCCGUGGGUGGCUUCACUCUCCUCAUCAUCCUCACCCUCUUCUUCCUCAUCACCGGACGGUGUCAGUGGUACAUCAAAUCCAAGAUGAGCUCAGAGGAGAAGAGGAGGACCAACUAUCAGAGUGGACAUGCUCUCCCGUUCCCGGGAGUAAAGGCCUAUGUAGAUCCAGACACCUAUGAGGAUCCUACCCAGGCUGUCCAUGAGUUUGCCAAAGAGAUUGACCCGACCCGGAUCCGCAUAGAAAGAGUUAUUGGAGCAGGUGAGUUCGGGGAGGUGUGUAGCGGUCGUCUGCGGAUACCGGGGAAGAGGGAGAUCGCCGUGGCGAUAAAGACACUGAAGGGCGGCUACGUGGAGCGCCAGAGGCGGGACUUCCUCCGAGAGGCCAGCAUCAUGGGACAGUUUGACCACCCAAACAUCAUCAGGCUGGAGGGCGUGGUCACCAAAAGCAGACCUGUGAUGAUUGUGGUGGAGUACAUGGAGAAUGGAUCUCUGGACUCUUUCCUGAGGACGCAUGAUGGCCAGUUUACAGUGAUCCAGUUGGUGGGCAUGCUGCGUGGCAUUGCAUCGGGCAUGAAGUACCUGUCUGACAUGGGCUACGUCCACAGAGACCUGGCUGCCCGCAACAUUCUGGUCAACAGCAACCUGGUGUGUAAGGUGUCUGACUUCGGCCUGUCCAGAGUCCUGGAGGACGACCCAGAGGCUGCUUACACCACCACGGGAGGUAAGAUUCCUAUCAGGUGGACAGCUCCAGAGGCCAUCUCCUACAGGAAGUUCUCAUCAGCCAGCGACGCCUGGAGCUACGGAAUCGUCAUGUGGGAAGUGAUGUCAUACGGGGAGCGGCCUUACUGGGAGAUGUCCAAUCAGGACGUGAUCCUGUCCAUAGAGGAGGGCUACCGUCUCCCUGCUCCUAUGGGCUGCCCCGUGGUUCUACACCAGCUGAUGCUACACUGCUGGCAGAAGGAGAGGAGCCAGAGGCCCAAGUUCACUGAUGUGGUCUCCUUCCUGGAUAAGCUGAUCAGGAACCCCAGCAGCCUGCUGGCUCUGGUGGAAGAUAUACAGGGUCUAGCAGAGUCCCCAGGAGAGGUGGUGGACUACCCCAUGUUCAUCUCCAUCGGGGAUUGGCUGGAUUCCAUCAAGAUGAGCCAAUACAAGAGCAGCUUUGUGGCAGCAGGAUUCAGCACACUGGACUCUGUGGCCCAGAUGAGCAUUGAAGAUGUGCGAAGGACCGGGGUGGUGUUGAUUGGCCACCAGAGGAGGAUCGUCAGCAGCAUACAGACCCUCCGACUGCAGCUACUACACCAACAGGAGAAGGGCUUCCAUGUAUGAGACCUUAGAACAGACGGACAGACAGCCACAGCCUGUGCCUCAGUCUUCACCCCUCAGACAGACAGACAGACAGACAGACAGACAGACAGACAGACAGACAGACAGACAGACAGACAGACAGACAGACAGACAGACAGACAGACAGACAGACAGACAGACAGACAGACAGACAGACAGACAGACAGACAGACAGACAGACAGACAGACAGACAGACAGACAGACAGACAGACAGACAGACCGUCUCAGCCUGGAGGCCUCUCUCAGACAGACUACCACACAUUUGGACCUCAAUGCAGAACCUCAAUAAAGCCAGACUGUUUUGUACACCUGAACCUGCUCCAGCCAGAGACAGAACAGCAGAGACAGGACUCUGAGAGACACACUGCCCCUGGCUCCCCCUGGGGAAUUUAUGCCUUGUUGCAGCAUCACUACUUAUUAUACAGUAGAACUUGGGAAUGUACAUUUUCUCUCCAUGUUUUUGUGACCAUGAUGUAGCUGCUAACAGAUGAGCAAUCAAAAGGAUUGUCCUUAAAUAAUAUGAUGUGAAUUAUUUUGGAGUUUGAUAAGUAAGCGUCAUCAUAAGGUAUUCUUGUUACAUGAUUUAACCUCUCCAGAGUAUCUGGGUAUGCUAAUACUUGAAGAAAAUGAAGAGACAGUUUUUGAAGUGCAGAGGAUUUCUGAAUGUUUUAAGUGUAUAGACAAUUUAUGGAUUAUAAUCCUAAACUAAUAUUUAUAUAUGUGCAGUCCUGUAUGUGAGCGCCCUAGUAAAUCUGGAUGUUAUCUCUUUAUUUACCAUUUUAUCGAAAUCAGCAAUAUAUGCAGUCGUCUCAGUAACUAAGAUAAGAGAAAUACAUAAAUGAUACUCUCUUAUGGACCUACAGACAUUGAGAGCAGAUUGUCAGCAAACCUCAACAGACUGUGUAACAUGCUAACAUGCCAACUACACAGGGCGGUCUGGCAAUGCUAAAGACUUAUGGAAGUUGCUGGAAAAUAAUGUACAAUAUGUAGUAUGAGGGGGACUCAAGGCUGUUGAGCAUAUAGUAGUUGGUUUCAUUAUGUGUUUUUUGUGGUCAAGACUCACGUGUAUUCCAAGAUAGAGAGAGACAGAGGUAUGUUCUGCAGGUUGACAGACACAUAGAGACAGAAACGCCAGUGUAAUAUCUCUUUGUCUCUAGAAGGCCCUCAACAGCAUUAUAAUAAGCCAUGAGCCUCUCCAGAUCCACACUAACGUAGGUGGUUCGGUGAACCACAAAAAGCAUAUGCCUGAAACUUGAAGACUUGCAUUAGCUAAUGCUUAGGCUUUAACUCGGCAGGCUAACAUAGUCUUGUGGAGCACAGACGACCCAGGUUCAAACCCAGUCGGUCACACACACACACCUACAAUAUGUUCUGGAUGUUCAGUAUGUUCUGGAGAAGGAGUGUACCUGAGGAGCCUGUACGGCAGUGGAGGCUGGUGGGAGGAGCUAUAGGAGGACGGGCUCACUGGAAUGGUAUCAAUGGAACGGUAUCAAACAUACUUGGAACCCCAUUUCACUCCAUUCCAAAAUUCCAUUCCAACCAUUACAAUGAGCCAGUCCUCCUAUAACUCCUCCAACCAGCCUUCACUGCUGUACAGAGUAGGAGGAAUUUGCCCCCAGACACUGAUCUAACAUCAGUUUAAUAUUUUACCCCCUAAUGGUUGAGGUAAGAAUUGAGGUACGCUAAGCUGAUCCUAGAUCUGUGGUUCGGAACAACUUCUAAAUGGAGCUCACCUGUCCAGCAGCUGUUCACAGACAGAGCGUUCAGGUGUCCCUCAGAGGGGAGGACACACACACAAACACACACACUUCCCUCCUCCUGGAAGGAAAGAUUAGAUCAGGCUGUUUAGCAUGUCUUACUGUCUUGCUGAGCAACGGGAGAAUGCUCUUUUGUACAAAGUACAAGUAUACUUAUAAUUCUUGUAUUUUAUUUUUCUAUCAUUUCCAGAGAGACGUGGUAGAUCUUGCACACUGUAAGACGCAGUUUAAAGCAGAUAUUUAUUUGCAAAU